ACAAUAUCGAUGUUCAAGAUAUCAACUGGAAAGUCACUCUUCAAGUUUGGAAUCCAGACAAAGGUGCAAACAACGCAUUCACCACUUCCUUCCACUCAAAUAUUAGAACUUAUUUCAUCAAGUGCAUAAAUCAACAACUUCCA